AUGGCAAGAGGCAGGCGAACAGGAGAGGACGACGGUACUUGGAGGCCGUCGGCCGAAGACGCCUACAUAGAGGAAGCUGACGAGGUGUUGGAGGAAGAAGUGAUGAACGAUGGGCCCAAAGAGGACAAGGGUCGUUCGUCACGAAAGACGACGCCAGUCGUUGAGCGGAAGACCUCGCCUGCUGUUGAGCGAAAGACAACGCCUGCCACUGAGCGCAAGAAGGUCACCAGACGACCAAAGCGCCAGGAGGAUGAGGCCUGGAAGCCUACUGAUGAGGAACUUGAGGAUGAAGAGCUCGAGGUCCAGGAGAUGGUCAAUGAGCAGUUACUCAACGAGGAGCUGGAACACGUAAAGUCGCCCCCGAAGGCUGCAGCAACCCCCGAACGCAAGAAGCCGAAGCCUCGAACCAAGCAUGAGGAAGAUGACGCUUGGAGGCCCGAAGACGAAGAGUCCGAAGAUGAGUAUUUGGAUUACGAGGCUCUGGAGGACAAGUCUGGUGCAGACGAUAAACCUUCGAAAGAAAAGGGCACACCCCCGAGGAAGUCCAAAAAGCGACCUGCCGUGGUGUCCGCUGGGAGUCCCGAGUAUCACAAGAAGCCGGAGCCUGCGCCUCUUCCCCUGCGCAAACACAAACUUGCGCCGGCAAGCAACGAGGUGGCUCCUGACUUCAUUGUAACAGGCCAGAACUCAAAAGCGCCUUUCACUUUCGCAGUGUAUAGGGGAGAGGGUAUGUGUAUGCUGGCUCUGGACUGGAAGAAUGGCACGCCACCGGAUGACUUCGUCGGGUUCGUCAUCGAGUACCUGGAGCCCCAGGCGACUGAAUGGCGGGCUAUUCCAAACUUUAUCACUUUUCCCGGUGAUGCACCUCAGUCAGGUCCUGAUGCUCGUUCGAGCCGUCGGUACCCGAUCCAAAGAUUCCGUUGGGUGCACUUCCCUUACACAGUGGAUGUUCCUGGCCAUUUCCGCUAUCGUGUCACUCCCGUUUUCAUGAAGGGUGACGCCGAUGACCACAAUCUAAGCUAUGGAGAGGAACAAGAGGUGCGUAUUCAGAUCAUGGCCCAGACGUAUCCCGGCAGGAUGAAUAUUGCCUUCACCCGAGGCUUCGUCUCCUCAAAGGCAUUUGUCAAGAAGUUCGGAAGCGAUGGCGGUGUCGGAAGCAUACUGCCCGUAAAGGCCGAUGACGGUCUCGAAUUCAGACCAGAAGACCCAGAGCUACAAGAAAAGGCACUGUCAUGGAUGGGAUUUGAAGCUCGCGAGGUAUUGCUCGGCGCGCUUGAUUCGGCCAUCGAAGAUACUACUGCCCAAGUUCGAGUCCUGGCGUACGACUUGAACAACCCUGAGAUCGUCCUCCGCCUCAAGAAGCUCGGGAAGCGAUUGAAGAUCAUUAUUGAUGACUCUGAUCCGCACAAAGCGCCCGAGGAUGCCGAAACAAAAGCAGCUGAAAUGCUGGAGAAGUCUGCGGGUAAAAAUAACGUUCAGCGCCAGCAUAUGGGAGGUCUGCAUCACAACAAGGUCAUCAUUGUGGACGGGGAGAAGACUCAGAUUGCCAUUGGCGGUUCAACCAAUUUCUCGUGGCGUGGCAUUUAUGUGCAGAACAACAACCUCAUCGCCCUUGAAGGACGUCAGCCGGUGGAGGUGUUUACCAAGGCUUUCGACAAUUACUGGGAGCACCCCAACGAUACUGACGGUUUCUACAACACCGAGUCUGCACAGUGGAAAGACCUUGGUCUGCCCGGGGUCGAUGCCCAGGUGACAUUCUCGCCGCACAGCUCCAAAGCAGGCACACUGGACGGGAUUGCUGCCGACAUCGAGGGCGCCGAGUCGAGCCUCUUCUACUCCCUGGCUUUCCUCUAUCAAACGCCGGGUGUCAUAAGAGACGCCAUCGUGAAGAAGACGAAGCAGAAGGGCGUGAUGGUCUACGGCCUUUCGGACAAGUCCGUCGAUGAGCUGGAGCUACAGAGCAACGACGGCAACCCGCCCGUCGCCUACCCAGAGAGUUUCGACCACGAGUCCGCGGGCGGGUCGGGCGCGAGGAUGCAUCACAAGUUCGUCGUGAUUGAUUUCAACACACCAAAUGCGCGCGUCUACACGGGCUCUCACAACUUCAGCACGGCGGCCGACACAAAGAACGCUGAGAACCUGUUCCUCAUCAAGGACCAGCGUGUGGCGACGGCGUACAUGAUCGAGGCUGUGUCCAUGUUUGAUCAUUAUGAAGUCCGUAACCAUGUGCAGAGUAAGGAGAAGGCCGAAGCCAAGGGUGAGAAACAUACCAUCCAUUUGAGACUGCCACCAAACAGAAAGAAGGGGGAGAAGCCUUGGUGGGACCAGUACUGGACGGUCAAGCAGAAGAUACAUGACCGCGAGAUGUUUGGGGUUUGA